AUGCAGGCAAAAAAGCAAAAAAUUAAAUUAGAUAAAUACACGGUAGAAAGUAGCGAAAUAGAGCCGAAUGCGUUAGAACUGAAGCCUAUGGAAUCAGAAUCAGAACUACCAGAAUUCCGAAUUAGGUCAAAAGACAUUCACUCUAUGGAAUUUGUUCAGCAGGCUUGGUUAAAAGAUAUAAGCAAAGCAAAGCAGUGUACAAAAUCAAUGAAGAUAUUCGUCAUAAAACAUAAUGUAUUGAAAGAAAAUCAAAAUGCUAAAAUCACUAUGAAUCUCAAUCCUACUAUCUAA